AUGUUGUUUCGAAGAGUGUUAGCAUCGACUGUGCUUCUGUCAACCGGAAUCCAGGCACAAGUUGAAAAUAAAAUCAUCUCUGGAUGGUCAGUUGUAAAAAGACAAUCUCCAGAGGGCAUGGUUACAGUGCAUACUGUUCAAGUUGGCAAUGCAGAAGGCACUCAGAGAUUCUACCCUGACUCGCUUAAGGUUGAGCCAGGCUCAAUGGUCCAGUUCCAGUUCCAUCCGAAGAACCACUCUGUCUCCCAGUCCACAUGGGAACAACCAUGUUCUCCCAUAGGUGCAUCUAAUGGCUCUCAUCCCGCUAUCAGGUCCGGGUUUUUACCGGUUUUGCCUGAUGCCGCACAAAUGCCUGUGUUCACGGUUAUGGUCCACGACAGCAACCCAAUAUGGUUGUUCUGCGGACAGACUAACCACUGCCAAAAUGGCAUGGUCAUGGUCAUAAAUCCUCCGGAAGGAGCAGACAAGGGGAUUGAAGCAUUCCGGUCAGCGGCGAUGUCUGGAGGCUCUGGUGGUGGUUCUCAAGGUGGUAUCCCCAUUCUACCACCCGGCGGUUUCGGUAACGGCGGUGUAGCACUCCCAACGGGCGGAGCUGUACCGUCAACCGCUGCUGGUACACCAACACCAACUCAGACUAGGCCACUUUCAGCCACCACCAACGCAGCACCUAAGCAGAUGUCUCAUGCUGCAAGUCUCUCCGGUGUAUUGAUUGCCGCUUUUGCAAUUUUCGGACUGUAG